AUGACCGUCUCCCUCGCAGAGCUCACCUCGGCCUCUGCACGCCUACACAACCCCACAGACCUAUCCGAUGAGCUCUAUGACGACCGCAUACGCGACCUCGUGGCCUACUUUCGCCAUUUGCUCUCCACCGACGCUCUCAGCAGCUUCGCCCGCGACGAUUCUCUCCUCGACAAUUUCGAUCCAUCCGCCGAUUCAGUCGCCUUUUUGUUAAUCCUGCGGUUACAGAUCCAGAAGGCCAAGGAAAGGACGAGCGAAAACCUCCCGGGGGACGUGUGGCCUACAGGGAAGCUAUGGACAAGGGCCGUACAGUUUCUCAAAACCUUCGAUAGUGUCCAGGUCAGAUAUGUGGGCCAGGAAUGGCGUCAGCUUGUCGAACUCCCCCUGUUAGGUGCACGCGUGGUCAGGGAUGCUAUGCUUCGCCUCGAUCCUUCCUGUGCUGUCUUCACCUCGACCCAUUUGCUCCUCGUUCGACUCUGCCUGCGCGCCCGGACGUACUCUUGCGCCCUUCCAGUCUUGGAUAAACACAUUUGUUAUUUUCCUGCCUUAGUCGGUCGAACAGAUUCCAAAGCUACCCAGCCUCUGCUCUGUUCAGAGUACGACUCCAGCCUCGCUUUUAUGGGUGACGCCUCGGGUUUCUCAUCCAAGCUGUCAUCCAAGGAUUACCUGCAAUACUUCCUUUAUGGAGGCAUGAUAUACAUGGCCCUGAAACAAUGGCGCAAAGCAUUGCACUUUCUCGGGAUUGUCAUCUCAAUGCCUAUUGCCGGCUCCUUGAGCAUGAUCAUGGUGGAGGCUUACAAGAAAUGGAUUCUAGUGGGUUUGCUUGAGAAGGGAAAGCUAUGCCCCCCUCCGAGUUUGACCAGUCCACAUGCGGCGAAGAUGUAUCAGUCCCUGACUCGGCCGUACAUCACACUUGCCCAGACUUUUGAGCGUGAUGAUGUCGGAAGAUUGAAGGCUGAGGUGAAUGCUGCUGAGCAUGUUUGGAGCAUGGACAACAACACGGGCCUCGUCGCGCAGGUGACGAAUGCCUUUUAUAAGCACACAGUGAUCAGACUGGGCAAGACCUUUGCUGCCUUGACCAUGGCCGAUCUUGCGGGGCAAGCACUCCCGUGGCCUACCACCGAAGAGGACGCCGAGUCAAUCAUUGCGUCUUUGGUUAUGUCGGGUGAUUUGGCCGCGCGACUACUCCAUUCCCAGAAACGGGCUAGCUCCACGAUGCUCCGUCUGUCAGACGUGUCACAUUUGCCCCGACUGUCGCAUGAGAUGGAGGUGCAAAUCCAACUAAGGAACGAGGGUCGAUCAUUGAAGACGUUGAUGAGCAACCUCGAACAGAGCAGCCACCAGCUGGGUUUGAGUAAUGAAUAUAUCGACAAUGUGCAGAAGAGUCAGUUGUGGGCCGGGUCCGGCGAGAACACGAGCGAGCAGGUUGGGUUGGACAUGGACGAGGACAUCAUGGGCGAUUUGCACUAA